AUGCCAAGUGUAUCCACCUCCAGCAGCAGCAACAAUUUUCCCAUGCAGAGCCAUUACUUUUUCAACCCCAGCCAAUACCUGAUGGUACCUCAACAAGCUGUACAAAUGCAGCAGAUCAAUCAGAUUAAUAGCCGUGACGGAAAUAAUAAAAAUGUUUCAGAAAAGCCGAAGAGGUUUUGCACAUCGUACACUUCUCAACAGCGGUACGAGCUUGAGAAGGUAUUUCUAGAAGAUCUGUCUGCAAUAAUAUUCAAACUUUCGGUGAAACUGAAGUUGCAGGAGAAGCAGGUGAAGGUAUGGUUCCAGAAUCGUAGGAUGAAGGAGAGAAAGAAGAAGGCAACGAAAAAGUCUGCGGCCGCUGCAGCUAAUCUCGCAGAGAUUGGAUGCCCAACUAUGAUGCAUCAUAGUUAUAACACAACACAGAUUAUGUCUCCAACCAUCAUGUCCUCAUAUAUGCCGCCAGCUUGACACUAUGUUGCGACGCAAGGUUUCCCAUAUUCAGCGUUGUUAAAUCAACCUGGAUACAUACAAAGAUCGACAUUCGAGACAAAUUGUUUGGAUCAAGAAUGCGGCGUAACAGUUGUAAUGGUGCCGGAAUACGAAACAAUGCCAAGUGCAAUGGAAAAUAAUCUGCAAUAAGCGCAGACCGAAACAAGUAAUUGGGAA